CCAUAAUGCCGUAGUGAUGACGCACGCAGUAGACGUUCAGGGGGCACCAUGACAGUCUGCACAGUUGCAUGCUCGGAUUUCUAGCUAACGUUACCUACUUUUUGCUUUGCUAGGAACCUCAUCGUUUUCGUGGAUUGAAGAAGCCGAAAUGACUGUCAGAGUGAACUGGCACCUCAACAUGAAGCUCGGCAGCUAAAGAGUUAUUUUGUGCAGCGACAGCAACGACAGACACACAGGGUUGUUGUCCAAACAACAAGCAUCAUUCAGUGUCAGCCAGAGGUAGCAGCUGGAGCUCGUUCCUGCUGAUCUGGAGCCUGUUCAUUCCUGCUUUAAACCUCAAGGUAGCUUCUCAAACAACACACUGAGCACAGUCAACAAUGCCUGCGGACCCCCUGCCUGAACGUCCAUUCUGCGUUGGUGAUUUGGUGUUAGACAUCUUGCAACCAAAGCACCUUUCCAAAAUCCCCUGACUGCCGGUAUCUGUGGGUGUCGGCUUCCUUCUAGUUCCAUUUCCUGUUGCUCAACACGUUCUCAUCUCCUCUUAAGAGGGGCAGGAUGCCUUUAGUGUUUAGAGAAACAUCUUCGGCUGUAUAAUGCAAGCACAAGUCCUGCUGGAGUUUACUUGAGCGAGGCGCUGAACCAGCUCUAGGAAUGAUUUGCAGUGGACUUUGACCUCUCUGUAUAUACUGAUAGUGGAAAAGAGAAUCUCCCUGCAGGAAUCAAGUAAUUAUCACUCAGUUUAUCAAUUUAUUGGUAUAUCCACACCCAAGAAAAGAAAUUCAGCCUCAGAACGGGCCUCUGCAGCUCCCCUCCUCUUCGCCACCCCAGUACCAUGCUGGGUACACUCCUGCGGAGGAACAUGUCCCAGAAGCUGAGUGUGCUGCUGCUGGUAUUCGGCCUGGCGUGGGGACUCAUGCUGCUGCGCUACACCGUGCAGCAGCCUCGCCAUCAGAGCAGCGCCGAGCUACGCGAGCAGAUCCUGGAGCUCAGCCGGCGAUAUGUCAAGGUCCUGACAGAGGAGAACCAGAACGCACCAGGUGGGCCGCAGGGAACCUCCAUGGCUGGUUAUGCUGAUCUGAAGAGGACGAUCGCUGUGCUAUUGGACGACAUCCUGACACGGCUGGUCAAACUGGAGGGGAAAAUCGAGUUGGCAGUCAAUGCCUCCUCCACCAACGCCUCCCACACAGCAGGGGGCGUCCUCGCUUCCGCUCCCGCCGCCCUACAGAAAGCCUCAAAGCAGGAGACACCUGGCAGCCACCCAGGCCCGUCACGCCUCCACCCACACAUCCCGAAUAGGCCACGGCCACAUCAAGGAGCAUAGUCUUGAUAGAUGUAUUGAUUUUUCUUAAUUUUAGCACAUCACACUUUUCCAGCGUUUAUCCCUGAUGUGACAACAUCAGAUGAAUGAAAAGCAAUAGGGAGACACAUGGACAUCCAGAAACUUUAAAUUUGGGAUGCUUCUCAGAAAUGUUCACUCAGAGGGAAGAAGAAGGACUUCUUCUUUAUGCUCUGUCCUAUCAUAUGCUGAUAUUUAUUUAUUUUUUACCCAAAACUAUCCAGCACAUUUUUUAUAUAUAUUUGCAUUGCUGAUUUUAUUUGGCUUAGAUUUUAGCAUUUUUUUUAUAAUGCCAUAUUUGAAUCUUAUGACUGUUUAAGCAAAUGCAGAGAGGUAUAACUACUCUUGGAACUGAACCAGAUUCUCAUACGCUUUACGAUAAAAAUGGCUUGAAAUGCGCCCCUAUCUACAUUGUAAACUAUUUUACAAUACUGCUUCAAUAUAUCAAAAUGCUGAACUAAACAGUACACUCAUGAGAGGUUAGGAAUAGCUGUCAGUUUUUAGCUGGUGCAGUUGCUAAUUACUGUAAGAAGAAGAUUCUACUUUUAGCUUACACAUAGGAUAAUUAAACUAUAUAGUUCGCCUGUAAGAGAUAAUCCAAAGAAUGUUAUUUGCACUCCAUCUGCAGGCGGUAUAAUUGUGCAUUUACAACUACUGCAAGGCAGUUUGAGGUUUAUGCAGAAUAUGAUGGGAUGAUGCCUAUUUGCCACUGUAAACAUGAGCGUGUGUGUGUGUGCUUUGUCUCAGUUUAAAUCCAAUGGUUCCCUUGCCCAGUGUUGAGAAAUGUUUUUAGGUGUGUAGCAGAUUGAAUGUACUGUGUAGUCAGUCUUAAGCCCUUUAGUGCUGUUAAGGUGACUGACCUAAUGCUGACAUAUGUUCAGGGUUCAUGUUGCACUGUGACUCUAUAGAGAUUUUCUAAAAAUACUGGGCUCAUCCAAGUUUGACUCUAGGGAUAUUACAGGAGGGUUUACGUCAGGCGCUGGAAUAUUCCUUCUUCCAGCCUUUCUGCUGGUUCUGAGUAUGGUUUCUAUAAUACUGAGAAACUCUGGCACCCGCCCAGAGGAAGAAAAUCUUUAAUUAGCACAUCAUGAUGCUCAUUAUCACUUUCUACGGCAAGAAAGACGAGCAACACUUUUAUCAAUACUACACGGGGAUCGUUUGAGACAAAGUCAAUGUGGGUGCAUACUAAAAAUAUGAGGGGAAAAAUGCUUCAUAAUGUUGUCUACACAUUACGUGAAGGCCUCUAGACUGAAUUAUCAAACCGUGGUUUGACUGUGUCUACAUUCAGUAAUGCCAUAAAUGUACUUUUCUUCAUAACGCUAAAGUAGAAAAGAUGGUGAGCCAGUCAGCUGCUGUGAGAUAGCUUUACUAAUAAACUGACCUUAUGGAAAAAAUAAUCUCCCCUCAUUUAAAUCCAUUUUAUUGCUAUAUUUUAAACUUGAUACCUAGUGUCAUUCAAGAGAUCAUGUACCUCACAAGACAAUGAAUCCAGAUUUAUUUGCCUCUGUCCAAAUGUUCAGCCGGUAGUUCUCAAAGAGAGCAACCGCCAUGAGGGUUGUGUAUGUAUGUGUAAGUGAAUGUACAAAGACUUUUUGGUUCAUUGAGUUUUAUUGACCACAUUGCAAAUCCCUGCGGGGGAUGUGUUAUAACCACCCAAAUCAUGUCUUACCAUGGUAAAAAAAGUAACACCUCCUAAAGUACAAUUUUGAGGCACUUAUUAGGGCUGUCAAUCGAAUAAAAUAUUUAAUCGCGAUUAA